AACCAGCUGSAAAAUCAAAAAAUAAAAUCUAUGGCUAAAUUGUGUCCGAACUGGCCAGUGCCCUCUACUACAUGUAGUUAAAAAUGGAAGCUUCAUCUGGCUAUUAAAUAAGACUGAGUGAUAUUAUCAAUCCUGCAUGUCUAUGCACGAUCAAACAAAAGUAAAAUGUAAGGCUAACAUAAGGGCAUGACUAAAACUUACAGAUCAAACCAUGCCAUGCAACCAAACUCUGGGCUUGGAUCUAUACCUAAGCAGGGGCACUGCUAACUCAAACUUGGAAUGUUUAAAGCUAAAAAGAAAAAGUGUAGAAAAUGUGGAACUAGUGAAUGUAAACUGGCUAACAGCAUGCAACACCAAGGGAAAGCCUGUCACCAUUACAGAAAGUUACAGAAUCAAAUAUUCAAAUCCAAAAGAAGAAUAUAAACCCUCAGAUCAACAGCCAUCAAGUAAUAAGGAUGUGAAGUAUAUUUGCCAGAGACCUGCCCCUCUGAAUCAUCCAAAUAAGAUAUUCACAGAUGCUUUAGAAGUCCUUGAACGUCAUGCAAUUUAUAAAGACAGCAGUCAGAGGGAUAUCCGUGCCUUAGCAUUCCGAAGAGCAGCUUGUAGUUUGAAAUCUUUACCAAAAAAGGUGGAAAAGAUGGUCGAGGUAGCAAAGCUUAGUCACUUAGGAAAUCACAGCCGAAAAGUUAUUCAGGAAAUACUUGAGAAAGGCGUUUGUGAUGAGGUGGAAGAAAUACGAAAAAGUGACUUUUUUCAUGCAAUGGAGAAUUUCUCUCCUGUAUAUGGGUGUGGUCCAGCCACUGGUCGUAAAUGGUUUGAACAAGGUUACAGAUCAAUCGAAGAUGUUAGACAAGCCUUAAAAGACAAGACGCUGAAAGUCACUAACCAACAGCUUGUAGGUAUUCGAUUUUACGAGAGUGUGGUCAAUGGUGUUUCCAGAUCAGAAGCAGAUGCCAUAACACAAUUAGUAACGACUCAACUGGAUGACUUGGAGCCAGGGUGUACAAUUCAACUUGUCGGUGGAUACAGAAGAGGAAAGACUUCAGGUCAUGAUGUUGACCUUCUAAUCACACAUCCAGAUGAUAACAAAAUCUCACAUUUGUUAGUGAAACUGGUCGAUAGACUAGAACACCUGGGUCACAUUGUCCAUAAAGAUAUCUCUGUUGGUAAAACUCCCAUUCACAGGACAGAUGACAAAAAGAAAACUGUUGGAGGUGUAAUGGACCAGCAUGAUCAUUGUUUUUGUAUGUUCAAAAUGGACACUAGUGAUGAAAAGAAAGAGGUUACACCUGACCUGGUCAGGCGUGUGGACCUUAUUGUUGCACCUAUGUCACAGUACCCCUGGACUCUCCUGGGUUGGACAGGAUCUAAGCAAUUUAACAGAUCUCUAAGACUGUAUGCAACGAAAGAACUCAAUAUUGCAGUCUCAAAUCAUGGAGCCUGGGAUAGAAGCAAAACGCCUCCACAGUCAAUUGAAGCUACCAAUGAGAGAGAUAUCUUUGCAGCCUUGAAUCUCACAUACAGAGAACCAGAGGAAAGAAACUGUUAGAUAAUGUAUGCACCUUACUAUUAAGUCACUUAUUUACAAGAAUAAGCUUUUAUUUCAUGAAAAUAUAUAUUAGCAUUAUAGUGAUAAGCUGAAAAUAAGGCAGAAUGCUACAACACGUUUUUUUAAUUCACAACAUUUCAAAAAUUAAAUAUUUGAAAACUGAUAUUAUUAAUUAUUUAUACUAAUAAUUAAUGAUGAAAGUUAAUUUGUAAAUACACUGUAGUAUAUUUAUUAAUGAAUGGCUUUGUAGAGUGCACUUACUAAAACGGUGAACAUUAAAUAGUACUAAUUAGUACUAUUUCAUACAGAAUCCUUUGUUUCCUAUUGUUUAAUUAUCACUAUGUAGUGCUAAAAAUUAGUAUUUGUUUCACAGAUUUAGUGUGAGCACUCUACAUCGUAAUCAUGAAGAUGUUCUAGCAGCCAUGUUAGAUGAUUCUUAAUCAAACCAGCAAAGCUUGUAUAGGAAAUGUCAUGAUCUGGAGUACAAUUUGAAAGUUUUUAAAAUUGGACUAGCCUUUAUUAUAUUAGGAGAGUCCAAUCUGGGUACUUUCAAAACAUCACAAAUAUCUAUAAAUUUUGGAUUGUAUGAGAAGAUUGUGCAGUUUUUCGUUUAUAAUACACUCAACAAAAUAUUAUUUAAUACAUUAUUUAAUUGUAUUUGUAUUUGAAAAGACAUCAGACUAUGAUUGAUAUUUAGCUGUAGUACUAAACAUUUAUGGGAUACCAAAUUUAAAUAACAAAAAAUGUUGAUAAGACUAAUAUUAGAAGAUUUUCAGUAAUUCCAUCGUCAUUAUCAGUCUAACAACAUUCUUGUAAGCAUUUUCCAUCUAAUUUAAUAUAAUAAAUUAAUUAUAAAUUAUAACCUUGCAAUCCAGUAAUCUUUUUAGUACAAGAACAUAGUCUCUUCUUGCCUUUUCUUUUAUGCAUGGUCAUUUUAUGUUUUAGUAAGUACUAAGAAUAUCACGGAACUGUGGAAUAGACCCCUUUCGAAUUCCAAAUUUACCGCUGUGUUUCUUGAUUACAGACUCAUUUGCACAGGGUUAGCCUCGAGUUUGUGCAGAAUAUUCACGUGUUCCAGUCAAGGUCCA